AUGGGGAUCGAUUUGGGAGGGCAGGGACGGGGGACUGGAAAUCAUUCUCCGCCCCCAUCCCGUCUCAUUGCUAUCUCUAAAAACGUUGAAGUAAGGGGCCGACGUAAAGUUCUUGUAUUGGUAUAUCAGAGUCUGGGCAUGGUUUUUGGUGACUUGAGCCUUUCCCCACUUUAUGUUUAUAGAAGUACAUUUUCCGGAAGGUUGGGCAAUUACCAAACUGAAGACACAGUAUUUGGAGCAUUUUCUGUGAUUUUUUGGACUCUCACUCUUAUUUCGCUGUUCAAGUAUGUUCUUAUCCUGUUGAGUGCAGAUGAUAACGGUGAAGGUGGGAUUAUUGCAUUAUACUCGCUUCUCAGCAGAAAUGCGAAAUUCUGCUUACUACCUAACCAUCAAGCAUCUGAUGAGGAGAUCUCUACGUAUAAUUACCCAGGUAACUCAAGCAGAAAUCUAUCAUCAUCAUCAUUGUUGAGAAGAUUUAUUGAGAGGCACAAAGAAUCAAAAACCAGUCUACUUGUUCUAGUUUUGUUGGGAGCUUGUAUGGUAAUUAGUAUUGGUGCUCUUGCACCUGCAAUUUCAGUUUUUUCUUCCAUUGAAGGGCUAAAAUUUCGAUCAAAGGAUGUACAUAGCAAUACCGUGGUUAUUAUCGCCUGCUUUCUAUUGGUUCUCCUUUUUGUCUUGCAACACCGUGGGUUCCACAAGUUGGCAUUCAUGUUUACUCCCAUUGUGAUUCUAUGGUUGCUGUCCAUUGCUGCUGUUGGAAUCUAUAAUAUUCUUAGGUGGAAUCCAGUUGUAUAUCGGGCUCUUUCUCCAUAUUAUGGUUACAAUUUUUUUAAGCUUACAGGAAAAGAUGGUUUUAUUUCUCUUGGAGGAAUACUUUUAUGUCUUACUGGAAGUGAAGCUAUGUUUGCAAAUCUUGGCCACUUCACUGCAACAUCAAUCAGGGUUGCAUUUACUUGUGUUAUUUAUCCAUGUUUGAUACUUCAAUACAUGGGGCAAGCUGCCUUUCUCUCAAAGAAUUUAUCUGCAGCACCUAUGAGCUUUUUUGCUUCUGUUCCUGAUACCUUCUUUUGGCCAGUUUUUUUUGUGGUAACUUUGGCUGGAAUAGUUGCUAGUCAAGCAGUUAUCUCUACCACGUUCUCAGUUGUCAAAGAGUGCCAUGCAUUUGGAUGUUUCCCACGUGUCAAGAUUGUACAUAGCAGGAGAUGGCUUCCUGGUCAGAUAUACAUUCCAGAGAUAAACUGGAUCCUGAUGGUUCUCAGUCUCGCUGUUACAAUGGGAUUUCGAAGCACAAAGCUUAUAGGAAAUGCUUAUGGCAUUGCGUAUAUGACUUUAGCAAUAGUGACAACAUGGUUGACAUUUCUGGUCAUCAACCUUGUGUGGCAGAAGUCCCUCGUGCUUGCCCUUUUAUUCACAGUGCUCUUUGGAUCGGUUGAUAUUUUCUACUUCUCCUCUUCUUGUAUGAGAAUCCCGAAAGGUGGAUGGGUUCCUCUAGCAUUUGCUUUGAUCUUCUUGCUCACUAUGUAUGCAUGGCAUUAUGGUUUGAGGAAUAAAUAUUUGUACGAUCAACAUACCAAACUCUCCAUGAGGUGGAUUCUCUCACUGGGUCCUAGUCUUGGGAUCAUUAGAGUUCCUGGGAUUGGUCUUAUCUACACUGAGUUAGCUAGUGGAGUCCCCGCUACUUUUACUCACUUCGUAACGACUUUACCGGCCUUUUACCAAGUGGUUGUCUUUGUCUGUGUUAAAACUGUUCCUGUUUCUCAUGUACCCCAUAAAGAGAGGUAUCUCAUUGGUCGGAUUGGUCCCAAAUCCUAUCGGCUGUACCGCUGUAUUAUCCGGAAUGGUUAUAAAGAUACAUACAGAGAUGGAGAUGACUUAGAAAAUGAUCUAGUGAUGAGCAUAGCAGAAUUCAUCCAGAUGGAAGCGGAAGGUUGUGGGGCUGUUGACGGCUCUGUGGAUGGCCGGAUGGCAGUUGUGAAGACAUCUGAAAAGUUUGGUACAAGAUUAGCGAUAGCAGACUUGUUUGGUCCUGGAGGAAGCAGUAGUUCGCACCCAACAGUGGUUGUGAGUGGCUACAAGUCACCCACGCUUCAGAAUUUGCAGGCUAGUUAUGAGCAAGAAUCACCCCAACUCAACUGUAGGAAGCGGGUUCGGUUUGAGUUGCUGGAUACAAAUUACAAGGAUCCUCGCGUCAAGGAAGAGCUUUUGGAGCUUGUUGCAGCCAAAUGUGCUGGGGUGACUUAUAUUAUAGGCCACUCGCAUAUAAAGGCAAGGUCAAAUUCACCAUUUUUGCACAGAUUUGCAGUCAAUGUGGUGUAUUCUUUCCUCCGUAAAAACUGCCGAUCUCCUGCCGUGGCCUUGAAUAUUCCUCGUAUAUGUUUGAUUGAGGUGGGAAUGAACUACAAUAUGUAGUGCAAAGCUCUCUAGAUGGUUACCAUUUUCUGAAAAAUUGUACAGCAGAAAGCAAAACUUGCUUGAACAGUUUCAGAUUUGCGUGUGUUCAACUGAUUCAUGGCUCUCGCUUUGCAUACGGCAUGCCAUCUAGUCGAGCUGUUCAGUGAAUCUUUGCUAUUUGGAUUCCAUUUUCGAGAGAAUCUCAUAAAGGGUCUUUCUGUCAAA